AUGUCUACUCAUAGAUACAACUCGUGGUUAAAGACCAAGAAGAAGGGUGAACUAGAGACCCUCGCUGAGUCUGUUGGACUGUCAGGCUUCGACGGUUUCAAGAAAGACGACCUCGGUGUAGCUCUUGACAGCUAUCUUACCGAGAACUCGUCGCGCUUUAUCGCCAACCCAGACCUCACUGGCUACUUCAACAGUCGUUCCAAGGCUCAAGGAUCCCCAGUCAAGAAGGAAGUUGUCCGCGAGGACAGCUUCAAGGUAGUUCGACGAAGGCCCUCGAAGCCUGUGGAAGAGGAAUCACCUGAGAGUGACAUUGCUUCUUCUCCCAUAGCUGCCUCUACUGCGCUUGUCGAGACUCCUGGCCGUACCCUGGCGCAAGUCGCGUCAAGCAUUACACUACCUGCGCUACCUGCAACUCCCGCCGAUGUAGCUCUGGCUGUUGAUCGCUCAACCAGCAUCGUGCGCCAGCGCGUCUCGUCAAUGUACGAGGAAAGUGGUAUCACAGAGGUUAGCCAUGCGACGCGCGACACGCUCAGCACUGUUACAAGCAUUCUCUUUUGCGUCGCAGGCUGGGAGUUGUGGAAUGUCCGCCGCGAGAUUCUGAGCAAUGUUUACGCCUUCACAAUCCCCGCCAUCAGCACUCUUGGCACACCAGAUUACCCUGUCUAUGUUCCUGACAUGUUCUUGCUUCUUACCUCCAACUUCUGGUCACCUGCCCUGACUUGGAUCCUUACCAGCCUUGUCAUUCCCUCGUUUGUUGGCUACUUCUUCAACCUCAGCGCCACAAGUCCUCCUCCUCCUUCGCGAGUUCGCCCUCGUCCAAGCUAUGCCGACUACGUUGUGGACCCCCUGACUUUCAGCAUUGUCAAGGCACUCGUUUCAUUUGUUGUCUACGGCCAGGGCGUCAACUUUGGCGGUCUUCUCAACGACCUUUCAAUAAUGCGCCUUGAGAAUGCUGUUUAUGGUGGCUACAAGGGCAUCCUGACUGGAACUGCCAUCACUGGCCUAGUGAGCAUCUACGACGCCGUUCUGAGGAAAUAA